AUGGAUCCCUCAGCUCUUCAAGACGAAAACGCGAGUGUAUUCAACCAAUCCACAUCACUCAGAAAUCAUCCUAGUCCCACUCCUCAGAGUACCAAUUCCGGAGGCACUGCCAGUUUCACCUCUGUCUCAAGACUUCCACUCGGAAACCUCGCACUAAACAGUCCAUCAAGCUCAUUUACUACUCCUCGACGUCGAAAGAAGCCUGGGGUACGAGCAGGGACGGAUCUUGUGGUUUGCAGAGUUGAGCCGUGGCCACGGAUCGGUCGAACUGUGCCUCUUCACUUGCUCAAGGAGACAUCACAGGAGAUAAACGGCCAUGAUACGAAGAACUGGCAGAUGAAGCUGGCAAGAAAGGUCCUUGAAGGCCAUGAUGCAAUUGGUAUUGCUGGGACCGGGGCUGGGAAAUCUCUGGUUUUCGGACUUCUGGCUCUCGCAGCAGAACUUGCAGGUUUUCCGGGGAUUAUCAAUCUAACAGCAGUGGAAAUCAACGAAGACAACAAGGACAACAAAGUGUUUACUCGCCUCGAAGAGGGCCAAUAUAGGCUCUGCUAUGCCUCACCCGAGUGCUUGCUGCGAAGUAAUCGUUUCAAGCAACUUUUUCGCACCGAAGAAUUUCGACGCAAGCUUGUCGCGAUGGUCGUAGACGAAGCACAUGUCAUUGAGGCCUGGAAGGAUGAGUUCAGGAAAGACUAUGGCGAGCUGGCAGCACUCAAGAUCAUUGUCGGAACGGAGGUACCAUGGUUAGCACUCACCGCGACAUGCUCUACCCGAACAUUUGAGAUCAUCUACACGACACUCGGGAUGGGAGAAUCACGACCGUUUCAUGGCAUAGACUUGUGCUCCGACCGGCCAAACCUGGCGCAGUGGGUUAGACCGAUGGAAUACUCGAAAAUCUCGAUGGCCGACUUACUUGCUUUUCUCCCUCAAGCACCGCAAAAUCUGUCCGACUUCGACAAGAUCAUCUUCUAUUUCUUAACACGACAGCAGGCACUUCGUGCCUGCACCCUUUGCCGCUCUCUCAUCACCUCUCCCGAACUACGCAAGGGUUUGUUACCAUUUACCGCCGUGAAUUCGGAGGCAUACAAAGAGACCGUCAUGGGGCAGAACAAGAGUGAUACGGGGACGAGGCAAGAUUAG